AUGCACCGCAUAGAUGUUUUACUAAUCUCAGAAACCCACUUCACAUCCAAAAGCCACUUUAGCCUACCAGGAUACAUGUACCAUACUGACCACCCAGAUAACAAAGCACAUGGAGGAUCGGCCGUUUUUAUCAGGUCAAACAUCAGGCAUCAUGUACUACAACAUUACUGCAAAAACUACAUCCAGGCAACAAAUGUCGUGGUAACAGACUGGAUUAGUGAUAUUACAAUAUCGGCCCUCUAUUGUCCACCUAGAUUCACUAUUAAGGAAUCGGAGUUCAGUAACUUCUUUCAAUCACUUGGAGGCAGGUUUAUCGCAGGAGGCGAUUAUAAUGCCAAGCACAUGUUCUGGGGUUCCAGGCUUGUUCUACCCAGAAGGCGUGAACUCCUUAAAUGCAUACAAAUAAGAAAUAUGAACAUGGUAUCGUCGGGUCAACCAACUUACUGGCCAACAGACAAGAGAAAAAUCCCAGAUGUUGUAGAUUUUUGUGUCAGCAAAGGAAUCGCUAAGAACGUCAUAUUGUGCCAGAGUUGCUGGGACUUAUCUUCAGACCACUCUCCAAUCAUAGUAGAACUACAUACCAUCCCCCAAGAACGCGCCAGAAAAUGUGUUCUGCAUAACAAUAGAACUAACUGGUCUCUAUUUCGUGAGCUCACAGACAAAGCAUUCCAAGAACCAGUUAGCCUAAAAUCGGAAGACGAAAUAACGGAAGCGGUGUUAUACUUCAACAAGAGUGUGCAAGAUGCAGUUUGGUCAUCGACCCCACCACCUCAAUCUAGAAACCUGGAUACCCACGUACCGAAACACAUAUUCGAUAAAAUAAUCAAAAAAAGGAGGAUACGAAAACGCUGGCAAACAACCAGAGAUCCUGUGGCGAAAAAACAACUCAAUCACGCCAACAGGCAGCUAAAACACGUCCUAGAGAAAGAUUGUAAUGACGGAUUUCACAAUUACCUUACCGGCCUGGAUACUACUGCUUCCUCGGACUACUCUUUGUGGAAAGCCACCAGAAGACUAAAACGGCCUGUCAACGUCUCUCCUCCUAUAAGAAAACCAGAAGGUACCUGGGCGCGGACAGACCAGGAGAAAGCCAGAACCUUCUCAGAACACCUCUCCAAUGUCUUUACCCCUCACCCAUAUGACGGCUCACCAGAAGAUGCAGCAGAAAUUACUAACCAUUCAAAUAACCCAAAAGAUACGCAGGAAAUGCCUCUUAAAUUUACAAAAACAGAAGUUGCUCGAAUUAUUAGAAAAUCAGACCCAAAAAAGGCUCCAGGAUACGACCUCAUUACAAACCGGAUAUUACAAGAACUACCUGAAUCUGGCAUAACUUUCCUUACUUCACUAUUUAAUGCCAUGACCAGACUGCAGUUUUUUCCCCUGGAGUGGAAGGUCGCACAAAUUGUAAUGCUGCUAAAGCCAGAGAGACAACCUGAAGAAACAAAAUCGUACAGGCCCAUAGUCUGCUUCCCAUCCUAUCCAAAAUAUAUGAAUCCCUACUGCUACAACGAAUCUUGCCUAUACUCAAAGAGAAGGAGCUAA